AUGUCAACAGAAAGAGGUUUAAAAGAUAGUAUAGCCGGCACAGUUGCUGGUGCAGCUUGUUUAUUUACAGGUCAUCCAUUUGAUACAAUUAGAGUUAGAUUACAAACAUCAAAUACACCAAUUGGUAUUAUGGAAUGUUUUAGAAAUACAAUAAAAUAUGAAGGAUUUAGCGGAUUAUAUAAAGGUGUGACAUCACCAUUGUUUGGUAUGAUGUUUGAAACUGCAGUAUUGUUUGCAGGAUAUGGUCAAAUGAAAGUAUUAUUACAAAAGGAUGAAAAUACACCACUAACAGUGGGACAAUGUGCAAUAGCAGGUGGGUUUGCAGGUGUUGGAGCAUCAGUGGUGUUAACACCUGUAGAAUUGGUUAAAUGUAGAUUACAAGUCCAAACAACCGGUCCACAAAAAUAUAAAGGAUCGUUAGAUUGUUUAGUACAAAUUUUAAAAGAGGGUGGUAUCAGAGGUGCCUAUCGUGGUUUCACUCCAACCAUUGCAAGAGAGUUUGUAGGAAAUAUGGCAUUCUUUAGUACUUAUGAAACUUGUAAACGUUAUUUCAAAAAUAAAGAAAACAAACCAAAUGACGAUGACGAAUUGAAUUUACCAGCAUUAAUCAUAUCUGGUGGUUUGGGUGGUAUGGCAUAUUGGACCGUUUUAUAUCCUGUUGAUGUGGCAAAAUCGAAAAUUCAAAUUAGUGAAGGUGCUGGUCCUUCACCUUCAAUCGUAAAAGUACUAAAAGAAAUUUACUCAAAAGAAGGUGUAAAAGGUUUAUUCAGAGGUUAUACUCCAACUAUCAUUAGAUCUUUCCCUGCAAAUGCUGCUAUGUUUAGUGUUUAUGAACUUGUAAUAAAAUUAUUAGGUUAA